AUGGAAGGCAAUAAGGAUGAAGCUAGGAGAGUAAUUCAUAUCGCUGAGAGAAAAAUCUCAGAGAAUGAUUACUUUGCGGCCAAGAAAUUCGUUAACGAGGCUCAACAGUUAUACCCGGAGCUUGAAGGUUUGGAACAAGUGUCGGCGAUGGUCAAUGUUUAUACCUCGGCAGCACGCAAGAUCAGCGGAGGAAGAGAAUCUGAUUGGUACGGAGUUCUCGGUGUUGAUCCUUUCGCUGACGAUGAAGACGUGAAGAAACAGUACAAGAAGUUGGCUCUCUUGCUUCAUCCUGACAAGAACAGGUUUAAUGGCGCGGAAGGUGCGUUUAAGCUGGUUUUAGAAGCUUGGACUCUGUUAUCUCAUAAGGAAUCGAGGGUUGCUUAUGAUCAUAAGAGGAUUCCACCAAACCAACAGAAGCCACCGCCUUCUAAUCGGAAAGAAGCAAAGACCGCGACGAAGAAACCACCAAAACGAUAUAAGCCACCUUCUUUUUAUAAAUGUUAUGACUGGAAUCGAAAUGCUAAUCAUAGGUCGGCGCCUGCACCAGCACCAGCACCUGCACCUGCACCAGCACCUGCGCAUGCGCCAUCUCCACGAGACAUGGAAUUUGAUAAGCUUAUAACUAGAAAAGCGGUUGAUUACGCCGAGAGGAAAAUCUCAGAGAAGGAUUACUUUGCGGCCAAGAAUCACAUUGACACGAUUCAAGGUCACGACCCAGAGCUUGAAGGUUUGGAACAAGUGUCGGCGAUGAUCAAUGUUUAUAUCUCGGCAGCAGGCAAGACCAAGGGAGGAGGAGGAGAAGCUGAUUGGUACGGAGUUCUCGGUGUUGAUCCACUAGCUGACGACGAAACAGUGAAGAGACAGUACGAGAAGUUGGCUCUUUUGCUUCAUCCGGAAAAGAACAAGCUUUAUGGCGCGGAAGGUGCGUUUAAGCUGGUUUCAGAAGCUUGGACUCUGUUAUCUGAUAAGGCUAAGAGGGCUGCUUAUGAUCAGAAGAGGAAGUCGAAAGAAGCAAAGACCGCGACGCCGAAACCACCAAACCAACGUAAGCCAGCUUCUUCUCACUGGAGCCAAUAUGCUAGAUACGACGACGACGUUGCGGAUCUAGAAGAAUUAUAUUACCGGGGGCGCUACUAA